GUCUUGGAGGAUAAACUUCCUGCCUAGAGCUAAGGUCUCGUCCAGGUGAAGAAGGAACUGUUUCAUAGCCGGAUCACUGUAAUCAAAAUGUCAAAGAAACGAGGUUUGAGUGCUGAAGAGAAGAAGAUCAGGAUGUUGGAGAUAUUCCACAACAGUAAGGACUUCUUUCAGUUGAAGGAGUUGGAGAAAAUAGCACCAAAAGAGAAAGGUAUCACAAUGCAAUCAGUGAAAGAGGUAGUCCAGAACUUAGUAGAUGACCAUCUCGUUGACUCCGAGAAGAUUGGCACUUCCAUCUAUUUCUGGUCAUUUCCUAGCAAAGCAAAGAAUGCAAAGAAGAGAAAAGUGCAGGAUUUACAAAAUGAAGUGGAUGAGUGCACAAAGAAAUUGAAAAAGACUGAAGAUCUGAUUGCAAGUGAAUCUGUUGGAAGAGAAAAUUGUGAGGAUAGGACCAAAAUUCUCUUAGAAUUGGAAUGUCUUGAGAAACAAGAAGAGAAACUUAAAAAAGAAUUGCAAAAGUACAGGGAUUCCGAUCCAGAAUAUAUGGCUCAGUUGAAAAAAGAAACUCAGGACUUGAAAACAGCUGCAAAUAGAUGGACGGAAAACAUUUAUAUACUGAAAUCUUACAUUAAGAAUAAUUUUCAAAUGGAAAACGAUGUUAUCGACCAGAGUUUUAACAUCCCCGCGGAUCUGGAUUAUAUUGAAAUAUAAACUAUUGAUUUGACCAAAAUGCUAUGUACUCUAACCUCUUUACAAAAAUAUAUAUUACUAUUUCUGAAUAAUUUCAUUGCUUGUUGUGUAACUAAUAGACUUAUUGACUAAGAUUUAAGACUGCAAAUACUAGAAAAUAUUAGUAUUAUUCGAAUUAAAUACAAUAUAUUCUG